AUGGCUGUUGGGGAACAGUAUUGGGACAAGAAGGAAGGCGGUGCUUCAGUGAACUGCCCGGGGACUGGCGAUGACAUGAAUGGGGACCCGGCGACAGUGAAGAGGCUUCGUCAGGAGGAGACUCACAUCUGUGAGAAAUGCUGCGGAGAGUUCUUCAGCGUCUCUGAGUUCUUAGAACAUAAGAAAAAUUGCACUAAACACCCACCUGUCCUCAUCAUGAACGACAGCGAGGGGCCGAUGCCUUCCGAAGACUUCUCCGGGGCUGGGCUGAGCCACCAGCCACGCAGUCCAAGCAUUAAGGACAGUCACAGGGAGAAUGGCAGCAGCUCAGGGGACAUGAAGGAGAAGCCAGGGGCGGAGUCUGUCCUGUACUUAAAGACGGAGCCCGCCCUGCCACCCACAGCCCAGGACUUAAGCUAUUUACCCAAAGGCAAAGUGGCCAACACUAACGUCACUCUUCAAGCACUACGGGGCACCAACGUGGCAGUGAAUCAGCGGAGCGCGGACGCGCUGCCCGCCCCCCUGCCCGGUGCCAACAGCAUCCCGUGGGUCCUGGAGCAGAUCCUGUGUCUGCAGCAGCAGCAGCUACAGCAGAUCCAGCUCACCGAGCAGAUCCGAGUCCAGGUGAACAUGUGGGCCGCCCAUGCCCUCCACUCGGGCGCAGCGGGAGCUGACACCCUGAAGACCUUGGGCAGCCACGUGUCCCAGCAGGUCUCUGCAGCCGUGGCUUUGCUCAGCCAGAAAGCUGGAAGCCAGGGUCUGUCCCUGGACACCUUGAAACAAGCCAAGCUACCUCACACAAGCAUCCCUUCCACCACCAGCUCGGUGUCCCCGGGGCUGCUGUCCUUCGCCCUGAGGCCGGAUGGGACGAGGGUGCUCCCAAACCGCAUCCCCGGUGCUCUGCUACCCCCGACCCCAAGCUCUGUGCUCUUCCAGAGCCCUUUCUCCACGGUGGCGUUAGACCCGUCUAAGAAAGGGAAAGGGAAGCCACCCAACGUGUCCCCGGUGGAUGUCAAACCCAAAGACGAGGCCUCCCUCUACAGGCACAAGUGUAAGUACUGUAGCAAGGUUUUUGGGACUGAUAGCUCCUUGCAGAUCCACCUCCGCUCCCAUACUGGAGAGAGACCCUUCGUGUGCUCUGUCUGUGGCCACCGGUUCACCACCAAGGGCAACCUCAAGGUACACUUUCAUCGACACCCCCAGGUGAAGGCGAACCCCCAGCUGUUUACCGAGUUCCACGACAAAAUGGCAGCAGGCAAUGGCGUUCCCUAUGCACUCUCUGUACCUGUCCCCAUAGAUGAAUCGAGUCUCUCUCUAGACAGCAAACCUGUCCUGGUCACAGGGACCCCCAAUGUAGGUCUACCUCAGAACCUCUCUUCGGGGACUAACCCCAAGGACCUAGUGGGGGGCCCACUGGUCCCUGACCUGCAGCCCGGGCCGUCUCCAGAAAGUGAGGAUGGAUCCCUACUCUCUGGGGUGGGGCCAAACCAUAAUUCCCCAAGGGUUGGUGGCUUCCAAGGGAGAGGGACACCCGAGCCAGGGUCAGAGACCAUGAAGUUGCAGCAGCUGGUUGAGAACAUUGACAAGGCCACCACGGACCCCAACGAAUGUCUCAUUUGCCACCGGGUCUUAAGCUGCCAAAGCUCCCUCAAAAUGCAUUACCGAACCCACACCGGGGAGAGGCCCUUCCGCUGUAAGAUCUGUGACCGAGCUUUCUCCACCAAAGGCAACCUGAAGACACACUUUACGGUUCACCGAACCAACACGUCCAUGAAGACGCAGCACUCGUGCCCCAUCUGCCAGAAGAAGUUUACCAACGCAGUCAUGUUGCAGCAGCAUAUUCGGAUGCACAUGGGUGGUCAGAUUCCCAACACACCCCUGCCGGAGAGUCCCUGUGACCUGGUGGGUCCCGAGCUGAUGAUGGUGGGUGAGAACGGCAGCACAGGUGCUGUCUGUCACGACGACAUUGUCGAAAGCAUCGAUGUUGAUGCAGUCGGCUCCCAAGAUGCUCCCAGCAGCUCCUCGAAGGUCCCCCUGCCUCUUUCCGGCAUCCACUCGGCAUCGCCCACAACGGGGUUCACCUUGAUGGCCCCCCUGGAGGCCUCGGGGAAGCUGGGUCCUGCUCCUCUGGUCCUGCAGCGACAGAGCAGCCGAGAGAACGGUUCGGUGGAGAGCGAUGGCUUGACCACCGACUCCUCGUCCUCAGUGAUGGGAGACCAGGAGUAUCAGAGCCGAAGUCCAGACAUCCUGGAGGCGACCUCCUUUCAGGCCCUCUCCCCGGCCAAUAGCCAAGCAGAAAGCAUCAAGUCCAAGUCUCCUGAUGCUGGUGGCAGAGCAGACGGCUCGGACAGCAGCCGCACUGAGAUGGAAGGUCGGAGCAGUCUCCCAUCAGCAUUUGUCCGAGCCCAGCCAACCUUUGUCAAAGUGGAAGUUCCUGGUGCAUUUGGACCCGCGACCAUGUCCCCAGGCAUGGCACCUUUGCUGGCGGCCCAGCCACGCCGCCAGGGUAAGCAGCACGCCUGCACGCGGUGCGGGAAGAACUUCUCGUCGGCCAGCGCCCUCCAGAUUCAUGAGCGGACUCACACUGGGGAGAAGCCUUUCGUGUGUAGCAUAUGUGGGCGAGCUUUCACCACCAAAGGCAACUUGAAGGUUCACUACAUGACGCAUGGCGCCAGCAACAGCUCCGCGCGCCGCGGGAGGAAGCUGGCCAUCGAGAACACCAUGGCUCUGCUAGGAACAGACACAAAGAGGGUCCCAGAGGUGUUUCCCAAGGAAAUCAUGGCCCCUUCAGUGAACGUGGACCCUGUUGUGUGGAACCAGUACACCACCAUGCUCAACGGUGGUCUGGCCAUGAAGACCAACGAGAUCUCGGUGAUCCAGAGCGGAGGCAUCCCGACUCUCCCCGUGUCCCUGGGUGCCAGCUCCGUGGUCAGCAACACCACCGUCUCCAAGAUCGAUGGCUCCCAGUCGGUGAGCAGCGACGUGGAAAAGCCGGGUGCUGCUGACAGCGUCCCCAAACACCAGUUCCCUCACUUCCUGGAGGAAAACAAGAUUGCGGUCAGCUAAGCGAUGGGAGAGCCAGUGUGAAGGAGAAAUGCAGAGUGACCGCUUGAACUGGAUCUUUUGUUUUUGUCGUUGUUGUUGUUUAAAAACCCAUCUCCUCCUGUUUGUUUUUUUACUGAUGUGCAAAUGUUUACAGUUGUGACCACAACCUCAGGCACGUCCAACAAUCACGAUGUUGCUAUGCUGCUUUGCUAAAAAAACAAAACAAAACCACACACAUACUAAAAUAAAUACAGACUAGUAUUUUUUUUUUUUAAUUUUGGAAGAAGCGGGUCUUGCAAAGUGGCUUUGUUACUUGAGACAAACUGUAUAUAUGAAGACUUUGUACAAGCUAGAGGAACUAUUUCCAAAGAUUGUCCCCCGUUUCAAGUUGGAACUUACUAAACCACGAUGGGAAAGAAACUGCUUAGCCUAACUGGGGAGGGGGAGCUGCAUACUUCCGGGACUGUGUGCGGGUAAACGGACUGGGUCUGUCGUCCUUGCUGACCUGCUCUGUAUGUCCCUCGACCCUGCACCCAUCUUUUGUUCUGUUUCCUUUUUGAAUGUACCUUCCUUUUUAUUUUUAACUAAGGUGUGGAGUUACAAAAUUCCUUCCACCUUGGGACCGGGAGCAGGAUGCCCUCCAAUGGACGAUCUCAGUCCCUCGGGAGUCAAUGUGUGUGUUGCUGCUUGUUGAAAUACAGUUCAGUUGGAGCCCUAAGAGUGCCAAUGUCUUCCCUGCUUCCAGAGCCGCCUUCCUGAACACCAGGACAGGUGGCACCUGAGCAGGGGACCUCAGGUGAUGAUUUAGUUCACCAGUGCCUACUCUAGCGAAGAAAUGAGUCUUUCAUUCUUGAAGAAACUCAUGGAGGGCAUGUUUCUGAUAAGAGGUUCACAUACUACUUUUUAGAAAAAUUUGGAUGUGACUUAUGCCAAGUAAUUGUGAAGAUUCUCUUCCCCCGUGAGUACUGCAUGAAGGUUACGAAGUUGGAACAGGCGAGUCCUGGGUAUGAAAGCUUUAAUUUAUCUACCUCAUUUAUUUUUUAUUUUUGUAGCUUUAGUCUCUCUUUUCCUAUUUUAUGACCGCUGAAAGUGUUCCCAGUCCCUGUCUUAAACCUAAGAGUUGAUGUAUUGGUGGGAGCGGCUGGACCUUCAAGAUAUUUUGUGAUUUUUUUUUUUAAUCCCUUUCUUGCAUAUAUAAUAAGAAAAUGCUGAAACUUUGCUCUGAUGGUUUAAUGAGGAAGAAGAAGGAAAGACCCUGGUUUGAGUCUUUCCCCUCAAAGUGGAAAUGUACAUCAAAACGUGUAUCAAAAGUUGGUCUCUGAGUUAUUGCACCUGACUUCAGGAUAAAAAAAAAAAAAUUAUUAUUUUUUUGCCAAGUUGUGCCUUUCCUUCUGAAAUUGUAAAUGAACACAAUACUAGAACCUGUUUACACUGUGAAGUGGAUAUUGUUACAGAGGACAUGCCAGAGGCUUUCUCACUGUUAUGCCUUGUGAAUGUAUGAUCUACAGAGAAAACCUUGUAGUUUUACCUGCUGAUGCUGACUGUCGGAAAAUAAAUUUUGGUAU